UUUAGCCAAACAACCAUCGAAGAAGUCACAGCAUCCUGGAUGUUCAUAGCACGUGAUCAUUAUAAAUGUACAUGCGUCGUCUCAUUUUCUUGGAGGACCCUCGAGCGUAUCUUGAAAUUUGUGGAGCUUGAUCAGACGCGAACAUGGCAGAAGCUGACCGACCAGGGAAGCUCUUCAUCGGUGGCCUGAACACAAAAACCAACGAGAAGGCUCUUGAGCAGUAUUUCAGCAAAUAUGGCAGAAUUGCAGAAGUUCUGUUGAUGAAAGAUCGUGAAACAAACAAGUCGAGAGGAUUUGCUUUUGUGACCUUUGAGAAUCCAGCGGAUGCGAAGGAUGCUGCUCGUGAAAUGAAUGGAAAGUCACUCGAUGGUAAACCAAUUAAGGUUGAGCAAGCAACAAAACCUCAGUUUGAGUCCGCUGGCAGGCGAGGCCCGCCCCCCAUGCACCCCCGUAGCCGUGGGUCCCCUAGAGGAGCUCGUGGUUCUAGGGGAGCUCCAAGUGGAAUGAGGGGUCCAUCUAGAGACUACUAUGAUAACGUAGGGAUUGUAGAACCCUUUUUCAAAGGGAUGUCGUCCAGAGGCCCCCCUCCACUGAAGAGAGGACCUCCUAUUCGUAAUGGUGGUCCCCCACCCAAGAGGCAUGCCCCUUCUCCCAUAGGCAGAUCUCCAAUGUCCAGGGACAGAGACUCCUAUGGCCCACCCCCUCGCAGGGAAUCAAUGAUGUCCAGAAGGGAUGAUUACCCAUCGCCAAGGGAUGAUUAUUACAGCUCAAAAGACAGCUAUUCUAGCCGGGACUAUGUGAGCUCCCGGGACACCAGAGACUACGCACCCCCGCCCAGGGAUUACCCACCCAGGGAUUACCCACAAUCCAGUUCCCACGAUGAUUAUGGGUCAAUGUCACGGGGCUACAGUGACCGUGACGGUUACGGUGGUGGCCGGGAACCGAGAAGCUACAUGGAACGCCCCAGUGCCGCUUCAUAUCGAGAGCCCUACGAUGGUUACGGUAACUCGCGCAGCGCCCCACCCUCAAGGGGCCCCCCACCAUCCUACAAUGGCAGUGGCGGAAGCAGUCGCUAUGACGACUAUGGCAGCAGCUCCCGGGACGGCUACGGCGGCCGUGAAAGUUACCCCAGCAGUCGGAGUGACCCCUACCCUCCUAGCCGCGGAGAGCAAGUGGGCAGGCAGGAGCGGGGGCCAGCGCCCCCAGUUGAGAGAGGCUAUCCUCCUCGCGAAGCGUACAGUGGCUCAAGUCGCGGGGCUCCCCGCGGCGGCCGCGGAGGCAGCAGGGUCGACAGAGGAAUUGCCCGCAGCAGAUACUGACAUGGACCCAGAAAUGACAAGGCAACCGUUACACACACGGCGCGUGCUCGGUCACUUCUAUAGUGGGAGGCAAUUGGAGAAACUAGGGAUGUCAAAUUCCAUGGACAAGCUUAGGGUUUGAGCUGUCUACCCUCACUCAGCCUGUUUUUGUUUUUAAGUGUUAAAUUGUUUUACAUUUCCCCCGGCCUGUGUGUUGGUAUCGUUGCCAAGUGGUGAGUGUUUAGUUUUUGUACAUUUAGUGCUGUUAAAUCCUGAUAUGCCCUUGGAUAUGGCUUUCGUACACUAAUAAAGUUUUUAACCAAAGUC